GGUAUACAUUGUGAAAGCGGUUUAUUAAAAUAUCAUGGUAAAAAAUGAUAAAAAUAUUUUCAUCAAAUUCUAUAAUUUCCAAUUUCAUUAUAAACAAAGGACUAGUAUCUAUAACAACAGCAAGACUGCAUAACGCCUCUCAAGUAAAAAUGUCAACUUCUGGUGAGUUUGUGGAAGGUGUUGUUUGCAAGGUAUCCGAUAUACAAGAAAAUGAACUCAAAACGUUUCCAUUAAAGAUUGGAGAAGUCCUUCUUGUGAAGCAAAAUAAUGUUAUUAGUGCAUUAGGUUCAAAAUGUACACAUUAUGGAGCUCCGCUUGUAAACGGGGCCCUUGGCAAUGGAAGAAUUAGAUGCCCUUGGCAUGGAGCGUGUUUUAAAUUAUCUACUGGAGAUAUUGAAGAAUUUCCAGGUUUAGAUUCACUUCCGUGUUAUCAAGUUACUAUUGAAGAUGAAAAUGUGAAAGUUAGAGCUAAAAAGAGCGAUUUGAUUUCCAAUAAACGCAUUAAACCUAUGGGAGGAAAACUUGCGACAACGGAAGAGUCUAUUGUUAUUAUUGGAGGAGGACCAGCAGCUGAAGCUUGUGCUGAAACUCUCAGACAAGAAAAAUUUGGGGGGUCCAUUACUAUGAUCUGUAAAGAAAAUUUCGUACCAUAUGAUAGAGCAAGAUUAAGCAAAGAAAUGGGAUUAGACAUAAAUACUGCAGUGUUCCGAAAUGAGGACUUUUAUCGAAAAUAUAACAUAGAUAUAUUAAAAGACAUCGAUGCGACAAAGGUGGACACUAAUAAGAAAAUAGUGUGUUUGAGGAACAACACAAAAGUUCCUUAUACUAAGUUGUUCAUUGCAACAGGAAAUAGACCAAGAAGACCCUGCACUUCUGGAUGUCAUUUGAAGAAUGUGAUAGUGUUGAGAACAUACGAAGAAGCUAAAGAAACAAAUGCAAUACUUUCAAAGGACCAAGAAGUGGUUAUUAUAGGAAGUAGCUUCAUAGCAAUGGAGGUAGCCGAAUAUUGUAGGGAUAAAGUAAAAAAAAUAUCUGUAGUGAUGCGUGAUGAUGUACCUUUCAAGCCAGUUUUAGGUCCCAUGAUAGGAGAAGCGGUAAUGAAGCUCUUUAAAAAGAAUGGUGUUCAUUUUAUCCCGAAAAUGACAAUAGAUGCAAUCAAUGGUACCGAGAAAGUGGAAGGUGUAAAAUUACAUGACGGUACUAUUCUACCAGCGGAUCUCGUAAUAUUAGGAACAGGCAGUAACCCCAAUACGGAUUUUUUGAGAAGUUCCAACCUCCAAUUAAAGGAAAAUGGGACAAUUGAAACAAAUGAAUAUCUAGAGAGUUCAGUUUCUGAUGUAUUUGCUGGAGGGGAUAUAGCUUUGGCGCCUGUGUGGUGUAGAUAUAAUAUCAAGGCAUCUAUUGGUCACUUUGGAUUGGCAGAAUACCACGGCAGAAUAGCAGCUUUAAACAUGAUUGGCAAAAAGACCGAGUUAAAGACGGUACCGUAUUUUUGGACAAAAUUGGGACCACUUAGCAUACGGUAUUGCGGCUUUGGUGUUUAUGAUGACAUAAUAUACACUGGAGACGUAGCAAAUUUAAAAUUUGUUGCAUUUUAUCUGGAGAAUGAUGAGGUUAUAGCUGUAAGUUCUUGUGGCAUGGACCCAUAUGUUUCUAAAUUUGCCGAAUUAACAGCUCAAGGAAGAAAACUCAAGAGGGAAGAUCUCGGUUUUGAUAUCUUCGGGUGGGCAAAAUAAAUAAGAAAUUAAUACAUAAUCUAGAUUGUUAGUAAAAAUAUAAUAAAGUCAUAAAGCCAUUAA